UUUGAGCUUGCCAUACCGUCUCACUUUGAUUUAGCUUGCUAGCUUGUGUCGGUGAAAAGUGUAGGUGGGUUGUUACCUGCAAGUGCAAAAUGUGACAACAGACAGUUGUCAUUAUUAUGUACUCCUAUUACAGUGUCGUUUUCAAAGAAUCAUAAAUAUUUGGGCGUAUCCAGUGAUCGUUUUCAUAUUCGCGUCGCCACGUUGUAGAAGCCGAAACAGUUACGCCAUGUCACUAACUUGUUGGCAAAAGCUGGUGCUGAAAUCGGCCGGGCACAGACUUUUGAAUCUGAGGACCUGUGUUAGUCCGAGCUCCCGCCUGAGGCGUUACAGCGCUCCCGUUAGCGGAGCGUCCCGCAGAAGAGUGGUGAUCACCGGGGUCGGGCUCGUCUCCCCUCUCGGGACAGGGACCGCACUGCCCUGGGAGCGCUUGAUCCGCGGUGAGAGCGGCAUCGUCGGCCUGGACUCGGAGGAGUACAGAACCGUUCCCUGCCGGGUGGCCGCCUGCGUGCCGAGGGGAGACGGUGAAGGGGAGUUCCGGGAAGACAGGUUCGCUUCCCGAGGGGAGAUCAACAGCAUGUCCCCGGCCACCGUGAUGGCGCUGGGGGCGGCGGAGCUGGCGCUGAGGGACUCGGGCUGGUACCCCACCAGCCUGGAGGAGCAGCUGAGCACGGGGGUGGCGGUAGGCAUGGGCAUGGUGCCACUGGACGAAAUCGCCCGCACGGCCACCGCCUUCUCCUCCAGGGGCUACAGCAAGGUCAGCCCCUUCUUUGUGCCGCGGAUCCUGGUCAACAUGGCCGCCGGGCACAUCAGCAUCAAGCACAAACUGAAGGGCCCCAACCACGCCGUCUCCACCGCCUGCACGACGGGCGCGCACGCCAUUGGUGAUGCCGCCCGCUUCGUUGCCCACGGAGACGCAGAGGUGAUGCUGGCGGGCGGGGCGGAGGCCUGCGUGGGCCCGCUGGCCAUCGCCGGGUUCGCCCGGGCACGCGCCCUCAGCACCAGCUGGAACGACAGGCCUAGGCUGGCCUCCAGGCCCUUCCACCCGGAGCGGGAGGGCUUCGUCAUGGGCGAGGGGGCCGCCGUGCUGCUGCUGGAGGAGUUUGGCCGUGCCCGGGCCCGGGGGGCCAGGGUGUACGCCGAGGUGCUGGGGUACGGCCUCUCCGGGGACGCCAGCCACAUCACCGCGCCCACGGCUGAUGGAGACGGGGCCUUCAGGUGCAUGUCCGCGGCUCUCGGUGACGCGGGGGUGAAUCCGGAGGCAGUGACGUACGUGAACGCACACGCUACCUCCACGCCACUAGGGGACGCUGCUGAGAAUGCAGCCAUCAAGAGACUCUUCCAGCAGCACGCCCGCUCCCUGGCCGUGUCGUCCACCAAGGGGGCCACCGGCCACCUGCUGGGCGCGGCGGGGGCGCUGGAGGCGGCCUUUACAGCUAUGGCCUGUUACCACGGCGCCCUGCCCCCCACGCUCAACCUGGACCGAACCGAGCCAGAGUUCGACCUCAACUAUGUGCCGUGCACGGCCCAGGACUGGAGGACCGAGGGGAGGCGGGUCGCGCUCACCAACUCGUUCGGGUUCGGCGGCACCAACGCCUCCCUGUGCCUGGCCAGCGUCUGAGUGGCAUUGUGGGAUAGCCCCUGCUUCCCAGCGUCUGAGCGGCAUUGUGGGAGAGCCCCUGCUUUUCCAGGGUCUGAGUGGUAUUGUGGGAUAGCCCCAGCUUUUCCAGGGUCUGAGUGGUAUUGUGGGAGAGCCCCUGCUUUCCCCACUGCCACCCCAUUCAGCUGCAUUUUCUCAAGUGAAGAACGGGGUUAGAACAGUG